ACAAGAGUGAAUGAGCAGCGCAUUUUCGCCACUUUUUUAUUUGAAAUUAGCAAUAAUUCUCCCGAAAAAAGCCGCAAUCUGGAAGUUCGGCCCGCAAACUUUGCAGUCAUGGAAACAGAAGUGAUAAAACACGAUGAGCAGGAGCUGGAAGAGGGCGAGCUAGAUGACAGCGACGAUGGUUACACGCCCUUGCAACGUCCCGGAAUCGCGAGUUCCAGUCCCCCAAAAGUGUCUGCAACGAAUGUUGUGUCGACGUCAGGUCCUGUCGUUGCUCCGUUGCAUCCGCCUUCGCAUCCGCACGACACCGAAGACGAAGAAGAUAAUUUUUCGUCGACCGAUUCGUCUGACGAGAGCGACGUUUCGAACAAAUUGCUCGAUGGCAGGAAGAAAAAGAAGCGUCGCGAGAUAAAAGUGCGUCCCAUGAAGCCAGUGAAGCCCGUGGGGCGUGUUCGUCCGGAAAAAUACAACGUUUGGACGGCAACACUGCAAGAGGAUCUCAUGGAGAACAUGCGAGGAUGCGACGUGAACAACCACAGACGCGAUCGCGAAGUCGAAUCGUACGACUAUCGGAUCAAAUAUCGCCUGAACGGCGAUUCGGAGGCACCAAUUACGGGCAUUAAACGACGUCAAUCGUAUUCCGACGACUCAGACACCAGCAACAGGCAACAACAGUAUGGAGACUCGAAGAGAUUUCGUGCGAAAAAUCACGCAGAAAAGAAAAUCAGUGCAAAACUUCGAUUGGGACCAAGAUUAUCCACGGAAGAGAAUAGCAAUGACGACGGAAUGCCCGCCGUAGCGCGACAUGUACUCGAUUUGUCGGUCAACGCGGAAUGCACGAACGAGGAAAUCGCACAAGAUAUCGCCAUGAAGUUGUACGAGGAAAAGGACGACUUGCUGUUGCAUGCGAUCAACACGAUUGGCAGCGAAAUUCCGAUAAAACUGUUUGCCGAGACGCAAAAAAUUGAAUUAGAUGGCGGCAUGAUGACGAUGGAUGGCUAUCGACGCCGAACGCCGGGCGGAGUCUUCCUCUUUUUGCUCAAACACUGCUCCGACAUCACGAAAGAGCAGAAAAAGGUCAUUUUCUACGACGACAAGAAAAAAUUCGAGAAGAAACGGAAGAAUUCGCACGAAACGAAGCGCGAUCAGAAAGUCGAACAGCUCAAAAAGAGUCUCGCCUUGACGAGUGGCGAUCGGGAACGGAAAGACAGCCUUUCUUUACUCAAUCCAGAGUCGAGUAAUCCAUCUCUUUCCAACCCUCCUCCAUCGCCCGUGACAGACGACUGCCAAGACGGCAACGACAUCGAACCGUCGACCAAAAUUGUAAAUAAAAGUGAGACCACACCAUCCGUGAGACCAAAACAAGCCGCCACAAGUACCGUUGAACCAAACAUCGCCUACGACGAGGAUUUUCUCGACAUGACGUGCGAUGACAUGGAUCUCUUUUAGCAGAGAAUUCCCGAGAAAAAUGUUUGUUAAAUGCGGUCAAUUGUUAAAAAACAAAAAAAAAUGUUUAUGAUUUAGAGAAUUUUAGUUAAAUUUAUUUAUACCAUGUAUAAAGUUUAAGAAAAAAAAUAUUUAGACAAAAAAACGAGAGACAUGAGAUUUGCCUACCCAUGAAGUCUUUUCGAAACGCAAAAGAAAAAAUAAGUUAAAAUAAAGAAAAAUACGUUUA